AAGGCUAGACUUUCCUCUACACCCAGCUCAGUGUACACGUCAGCCUAAUACAACCACAGCGCAGCUAAUUACAUUAUUUAAACCAGAGUUGGACUAUUUUAACUAUUUACUUUACAGAAAAAAAGUUGGAGAGCAAAGGAAAUGUCCAAAAAAGUGGCAGUAGUUACCGGUGCCAAUAAAGGCAUAGGACUUGCGAUUGUGAGGGAGCUUUGUAAGGCAAAAUUUACCGGGGAUGUUAUUCUUACUGCUCGAAAUGAGAAACUUGGAAAUGAGGCAGUGAAGAUGCUGAAGUCCGAAGGAUUUGAAGUUUCUUACCACCACCUUGAUAUCUGCGACCAGGGCAGCGCCAAGCAACUGAGUAACUUUCUGCAGAAGACAUAUUCUACUAUUUUGGCGACUCUGGCCAUGCAAUUGUUACUGUUUUAGCCGAUCAUAACAAUUACUCUCACCUGGGCGCCGGUAUAGGUGUGUUUUGCACCGACUGAACGCUGAUUGCGUUCUAUUUUGAACCUGGCUGCUUCCCAGGCCCGCUCUAUCCGACGGCGAUGUCGGCUCAAAAACAAAAGCGACUUCAUUAAGCACGUGUAGUAAUUCGUGUGAUUUCAUGUAUCCCAUGCAAAAGUGAUUGCUUGUGAUUUAAAAACGAUUUAUCUGCCUUCGCAAUGAAAACCAUUUAGACAAUUCAAACAUUUGUUAUGGAAAAGAGAUGUGUAUGAUGCAGUAUGCUGCCUCAUUGACAAACUAAGUGGCUCAGAUUACUGUUUAAUUUGAGAAGCGUGCUCCUCCCUACCCGUUUUCGCCUGGGCUAGCGUAAAAUAACUCCGUCACUGUAGCCAGAUUGAGAGAUGAUGCGACUGAGACUUUUGGGGAACAGGCUGAGGUGACCAUGCGCACCAACUUUUGGGGCACCCUGUGGGUGUGCCAUGCUCUCCUACCCCUCCUCAGACCAAAUGCCAGAGUGGUGAAUGUCUCCAGCUUUGUUAGCAAGAAGGCUCUUGAUACAUGCAGCCCUCAACUACAAGCCAAGUUCCGUGAUACUGAGCUCUCUGAGGAGGAGCUGUGCUUGCUGAUGGGGCAGUUUGUUAUUGCCGCUCAGCAAGGAAACCAUCAGGCCCAGGGGUGGCCAAGCACAGCCUAUGGCACAACAAAGAUCGGAGUGACUGUGCUGUCCAGGAUUCAGGCUCAUUUUCUGACUAAGACCCGGGCAGCUGAUGGAAUCCUGCUCAACGCCUGCUGCCCUGGCUGGGUCCGCACUGACAUGGCAGGCUCCAAAGCCCCCAAGAGUCCUGAAGAAGGAGCACAGACUCCUACCUAUCUGGCACUUCUUCCUGACGGGAUGAAGGAGCCACAUGGACAGUUUGUGUGGGACAAGACCGUUCAGGAAUGGUAGAGUGGAUGCAGCAGGAAGUUUACCUCAUCUCAAUCAGAGACUUGAGGAAAUUGCUCAAAAAGAUUCUGCCAAAUUCACAUGACAAAAGACACAAUACACAACAGAGGGUUCUUGACAUAUCAUCUUAACAUUUUUUUCUUUAUAUGAUUUAAUGUGAUUAAUUUGCAUAGACACUCCGGAGUACUUUCAUUGUAAUGAAGGCCUGUUAUUCUUUCAAAAAGUUUAAUGAUGUAAAGAAAUAAAAUAGAUUGAUAAUGUCUUGGA